AUGUACAGCCAGUCCAAUUCCUUCAUGGGCGGCGCCAACAGCGCCCGUCCCGGCGCAGGCGGUUUCGGUCAGAACCCUUCUUACAACCAACAGCAGUUCCAACCUGGCUCUGGUCAGUCCCCUUUUGCCCCCCAACCUACCAGCUUCGGCGGACCAUCCAUGCAGCCACAGCAGACAGGAUUUCCGGGAUAUGGCCAGCAGCAGAGCUUCCAGACCCCUCAGAUGCAGCCACAGGCCACCGGCUUCCCUGUACAGAACCAAGCGCAGCAGUUUCAGCAACCACAACCAACGGGAUUUGGCCAGUUUCAAUCCCAGCAGCAGCAGCAGCAGCAGCAGCAGCAGCAGCAGCAGCAGCCGCAACAGCAACAGUUCGCUCAGCAACAACCACCUGCACCGCCCGUCAGACCACAGCAAACAAGCUCCGCGAUCGCCCAGUCUUUUGCUCCAUCCUCCGCGCCUGCGCCUUCGAAGACCGAGUCUAAGAGCUCUGCAAGAAUUCCCAAUAUCAGACUAUCCUUCAUCACUGCGACCGACCAAGCCAAGUUCGAACAGCUCUUUAAGUCGGCUGCGAGCGAUGAGCAGGCAUUAUCCGGUGAGAAGGCAAGAGACCUCCUAAUGAGAUCAAAGCUGCCGGGCAGCGCCCUGUCGCAGAUCUGGGUUUUGUCGGAUACCACAAAGUCAGGCCAAUUGCUCUUCCCAGAAUUUGCAUUGGCCAUGUACCUGUGCAAUCUGAGGUUGACCGGCAAGGAGCUGCCUGCAACUCUACCCGAUAAGGUGAAGAACGAAGUCUCCAGCAUGGUUGAUAUCAUCUCCUUUGGUAUCCCUGACGACCGUCCAACACCUGCUGCACCAUCAUCCAAUGCCCCAAACUUCGAUGCGCCCUUACGCCAGAACGCUGUGUCUCCCCCGGCUCCUCAGCAGCCUACACCACAGCAGCCCUCGAAUUCGCAGCUGCUCACUCAACUGACCUCACAACCCACCGGUUUCUACAAUCAAGCCACGGGCUUCCAGCCAGGUUUGCAGCCUCAAGCUACGGGCUUCCCUGGACAACAGUUGGGCUUCCAGAACCAGCAGGGUGUACAGGCAUCACAAGGCUUUCAGAACCAGCAGGGUAUGCAGCCGCAGCAAACAGGAUUCCCUGGUAACCCGCAGGCGACAGGCUAUAGUGGGCCGCGUCCUCCGAUGCCUCCGAUGCCAACUGGCUUUCAGAGCAACAUGUCGCCCCAGCAGACCGGCCCGCUCCAGGCACAGCCAACGGGCAUCCCAGGACAGUGGGGGUUUGUCAAUGCGCCAGCAGGUGGUUUGCCCAAUAUUGAUGCAUUGAAGCAGAGACUUAUGCCGCAAGCUGGCCGCGAGGGCGGCUUCACAACUCAGGGGCUUGCUGGCUCGGCUAAGGUUCCCUGGGCUAUCACUAAAGAUGAGAAACGUAUCUAUGAUGAUCUCUUCCGCGCCUGGGAUGGCUUCGGUAAAGGCCAUAUAACAGGUGAUAUAGCCAUCGAGCUCAUGGGCCAAAGCGGGCUUGAUCGAUCGGAGCUUGAGAGAAUUUGGACCCUGGCAGAUCCCAACAACAAAGGGCGGCUAGACAUGGACGAAUUCGCGGUAGCCAUGCAUUUGAUGUACCGCAAGCUGAACGGCUAUCCUGUUCCAGCUCGCUUACCCCCAGAGCUUGUGCCACCAUCUACCAGGAAUUUCAAUAGCUCUAUCGACAAAGUCAAAGGCUUGCUUUCGCAGGAUGCCGACGCUCGAAAGUCAUCUGGUGCUUUUCUGCAGCCGCAACGGACAGGAGUCAGUUAUCUGAAAGAGCACACAUUCAGGGGAGGUGCCAGCUCUCCUUCAUUCGGGCGCAAGGAUGCAACCGUGUUCCGCAACAACGAUGAUUCAGUGGGCUAUCGCUCGAGUGCUCGCAGGCGUCUUGGUGGUGGCGGCAGGACCCCUUCACCGGCACCAUCGUCGGAAGCGGACAGUCAGUAUGACGAUAUGACACCUGAUCAGAUUCGCAAGAAAAUCCGGGAGGCGAAGGUGCUCCUGGAUGCCACUGACUUUCGGGACGAAAAUGCCGCCGAUGACGAUGAUAUUAUGGACAGGAGAGACAGACAUGAAGCUGAAGAUCUCUUCCGCCAAAUCAGACGUCUCCAAGACGAUAUCGAUACCCAUCCGAACGCAGGGCUUGGUGGUGCUGAGUCUGCAGCAGAGCGUCGGUCUAUGCGACGCGAACUACAGCGGCACCAAGACCGCGUGCCUGCUCUUGCUUCUCAGGUUCGUGCAAUCGAGAAAGGCAUUGCUGAAGCUCGACUGCAGCUCUUCCGUCUGAAGGACGCCAAGGCACAUCCUAACAGCGCCUCUAAUAUCGUUGGAACCGGGCCUGGUGGCCAGGUCACCGAAGCUGACCGCAUCAAAGCUCGAGCUCGAGCCCGAAUGCAGGCACGAGCUGCUGAGAUGGCUGGCCGCCCUGCACCUGCUGCCGAUGACGAAGCCGCCACUCAGCGCAGACUUGAAGAAGAGCAGUCAAAGAUCCGCUCUGAACAGCAGCGCAACGAGGGCGUGGUCCGUGACGUGGAAGACAGCGUCAAGGAUUUCGCCACAGGGCUUGAAGAUGGUUUGAAAAUUGAGGGCGAAACCGCCGCUUCCGAGCAUGAGAAGCGAAGAUGGGAGGAAGGCCUCGGUGUUGAAGAAGAAGUCAAGGAACUCAUCUUCGACCUCCAGCGCAGCAGUAGAACGGCUAAGGUUCGGAAGGAGGAACGCUCCCGUCCAUCACCAGCACCGCGAGCUGCAUCCACACGUGAAGAACCCAGCUCUACGAAUGGUACCGAUCCCGCUACCCGUCCUGCGCCACCGAGCCAAACGGCGUCCUCUUCUAGCUUCUCUCCCCAAGACCGCGUAGCCGCGGCCAAAGAGAAGGCCCUCAAGCGCAUACAGGACCGCAUGGCAGCCGCUGGUCUCAAACCUGCAGGUGAUACUGGCGAGACUCCUUCUCAGCGUGCGGAGCGCGAGAAGAGGGAACGUGAGGAACGCCUGAAACAGGCCGAGGCUGAAGAUGCCAAACGGGAGCAGGAGCGGCAGCAACGUCUGGCGAACGAAGGAGUCGCACCUGCGCCUGCUCCAGCCAGUCCUCAGGCUGCCAGUCCCAAGGCGUCGAAGAAGCCACCUCCACCACCCGUCCGCAAAUCCAGACAGGAAAGCAAUGACUUCGGCGACCGUAGAGCCCCUGAGGCAUCAGCCCGUGUAAAAGCCGAAGAGCAGGCGGCUCGUGAGAUUCGUGCCGAGCAGGAUGCCGCUGAAGCCGAGCGUAAGCGCCUUGAAUCCGAUACCAAGCAACAAGAGAAUGAGGUCGAGAAAGAGCGCAAAGCUGCUGAAGAUCGACUCAAGGCUCUCGAAGAACAGGUGAGACUCGGCAAGGUCAAAAAGCAGGAAGAGAAGGCUCGCAAGAAGGCUGCCGAGAAAGAAGCCAAGGACAAAGAAGCCAAGCUUGCUGCUCACCGUGCCGAGAUCGAAGCUGCUCGUCAGAGGGAGCUUGAGCUGCAGCGGCAGCUAGAGAGCCUAGACGACGACGAUUCGUCUGACGACGAGGGACCCGAACAGGUUACACCACAAGAGAGCACGCCUGCAACCAGCCAAGUCUUGUCAAGCACGAGAUCACCACCUCCAGCAGCACCACCGGUCUCCAAGGCACCCCCUCCACCAUCAUCGGGUGACAGUACGCACGAGCCUACUCCCGUCUCCAGCCCGGGUCCUGCCGUCGAAGAAUCUCGCAACCCCUACUUCAAGCGCGCAUCUCAGUCGAACGAAGCCGCCCCUGCCUUUUCUCCGCCUCCGGUCCCUCAAACGCAGCCCUUCUCACCACCCGCCGCCGCUUCUCAGGAUCUGCCCUCCACUAAUCCGUUCCACCGCAUUGCUCAGCAAGAAACUGCGAAGCCUAUCGUAAACCAGCCAACUGGCCCUCAGUCCCGCCGCCGACCUGAGGAAGACGAGUGGUCUGCCGCCGGCUCGGACAAAGACGACUCGUCUGACGACGAAGCCGACCCUCCUGCCGCCGGCUCUGCCAAGCACCUUGCCUCAAUCCUAUUUGGCACGAUGGCACCUCCUCGGCCCCUCUCUGCCAUGGACAACAGCGGCAGCAAACCCGCCACACCCGUCAACGGCGCGCCUCCGCCUCCCGCAUUCCCAAGCUCCGAUGCCCCUGCUGCUCCUCCCCCACCGCCACCACCAAUACCCGAUUCUGGCGCGCCAAGUGCUCCACCCCCACCCCCGCCGAUGCCCGGUGCGGGAGCACCCAGCGCUCCACCACCGCCGCCCCCUCCACCAGGUGGUGUUGCGCCGCCUCCGCCACCAAUGUCCGCCGCACCAAGGCCCUCCGGCGGGGCCAAUAUUGGCAGUCUGUUGGGCGAGAUCCAGGCCGGAAAGGGUCUCAAAAAGACACAGACGAAGGAAAGCGGCAACGCUUUGGCCGGCAGGGUGCUGGGCUAG